AUGACUUCAACGUUAGUAAAGUCGUUGUCGCGACUAUCGCGACCAACGCUCAUCGACCUUGCGCUGCACUGGCUCGACAAACACGCCAGCUGCGCGCCCUACCUCGCCUCGAACCGCACGAUCGCCGAGUCAGACGAAGAAGAUUACCUGUUUCCUCCAGCUCACUCGAUCGGAGAGCUGCGGUCGAUAUGGAAAACUCUCAAAGUUGACGAGGACGCCGGUUCCAAGCAGCAUGUAAUCGACCGCAUCGUUGAUGGUGACUGGCGGCGGGGCCUCACCCUCUACCAACACGCGACCAUCGACUUUGCAUACCUCACGGCCAAUGAUACAGCACUUCGAUGGACUGCAUUACGCCUCACACCUCUCGAAUCGUCUUCAUCCCUCACAGCCGGCGCAUCAGGUGAAGCUUCCGAACCUCCUGUCGCGAAGAAGCGCAAGACCAGCCACGGAACCGCUCCACAAGUCUCGUACCCGACCAUUUCACCCAGUACCUUCCUCCAGACCCUCAAAGCCUCCCUCUCUCCGCUCCUCAAAGCAACCUACCACCUCACCACGCUCAGCAUCUCUCCCAAUCAGCGUCUCCCAGUGCUCCGCCUCUACCUCUCGCCCAACACCGCCUUCGCCCCCCGCUCGUCCAACAUCCCACGCUCCGCCCGACACGCCACAGAUACCGGUCGCGUUAUGUACAUCGCGCUCCCACAAAGCUGCCCCUACGUCUACGUCAGCCUCGCAGGCGCCAGCGCCAGCGCCGCCUCAUCCACCGCACGCGGCAGUGCCGGAGCUGCAAGUAAUGCCAAAACACAAGCGCAGCAGACCAAGAUGGAUGUCACGACCAUGAAGCGGCUAGUGAUCGAAGCGAUCCCCAAGGCACUGUCGCGGGCGCACGAGCGCUGGGCUCUGGAGGGCACGAAGCUGACGUGCAGGGGCUUGAGCGCUUUGGGCGCACUGAGGAGCGGCGGCAGACCCGGCACUGCGGGUGGGGCGUAUGCGGUGCUGCACGCCGAGGGAGCGGGCAAGGAGGCGGCAGAGCCUAGUCCUGUGGAUGUGGCGGCGAGAAGCUAUCCCAGUCCGCCGCCGGAAGGGGAUGGAGAGGCGGAUGGGGAAGAGGCGAAUGCGAUGUUCUUCCCUGACAAGGCGUCAGGGGCGACUGAAGACAGCGAGAGAGCCAGCAGGAAACGCAAAGCGGAGGUUGAUGUACGGUUUGGUCCUCAGGACCAGGUCAAGAGGGCGAGAUUAGAUCGGGUUACGGCCAGAAUCGCUGAUGUAUGCCGCCCAAGGGGAGAGGGGAGGGGAGUCGUGGAUGCCGCGCCAGUAAGUGUGACGUUCUGUGGCGCGGAUGUGCAUGGCGGCUUGAGGGCGUUAGCUGAGCUUGGAGUGUUGGAUCUGCAGUGUAUGCCCGGAUGGGUUGCUGGUGAGGAGGGUCAAAGUGUGAUUAGUGUUUAA